CUGUAAUAUUGAAACUAUCGCGGAGCUCUGACAUGGACCGUGUUCCUUCCAUAACCACUCCGACAUCAGCCACUUUUCUAUUCCCAGCAUCAGCACAGCGGCCAUCGUGAUGGAUUCCGGCCCCAUGUCAGUGGACAGCGCACCCUUGGAUCCGCCCGAGGCGCCAGGGAACACAGGAAACGAGCCAACACAUGGCGGCUUUUCACGAUUCGAGCUUGAGCUCGAGUUCGUCCAGUCGCUCGCGAAUCCGCAGUACCUCAACUAUCUUGCGUCACGCAAGCUGCUGACGAACCCCGCCUUCGUCGCCUACCUCGCCUACCUCCAGUACUGGACGCGCCCGCCCUACCUCAAGUACCUGACGUUUCCCACGGCCUCGCUCAAGAUGCUCGAGCUCCUGCAGCAAGAAAGGUUUCGCCAAGAUAUCAUGAGCCCGGACCUCGCCCAGGCCAUGAUGGUGGAGGGGAUGCGGGCCGCCGUGGAGUGGCAUCGGGAAGCUUGAGGGGCGUGCGGGGGGCAAGGGAAGGACAGAAAGAACGGUGAUGAAGGAGCGCGGAUGCUGGAGCAUAGACGCGCCCGAAUCGCUGCAAAGCACGCAGACGUUUGCACUUCCGACUCCGUGGGCAAGCGCGCUGCCAGCGCAGCAUUCAAAGUACGGUGAGGCUCCAAACGUCAGCCCCGGCG